GACGCUGCUGUCAAUCUAGCGGGGGCGGCGGACGUGAGCCUACCCGACCGCGCGCGUCCGACACCGGAGGAGAAGUUGAUCCUCUCCAGCUUGCUUCGGAUCGCUCUCACCUCGCCCGAGAAUUAAAGGCAUUGCUCGGUUUGCAAAAGACGCCUGUGCAAAAAUGCCGGACACCAAAAAAUUCAUCGAGAACCUCUCCGGGGCGGGGAAGUCCAUCGGCGUCCUGACAAGUGGCGGAGAUGCUCAAGGUAUGAAUGCUGCUGUGAGGGCAGUGGUGAGAAUGGGAAUCUACGUGGGAGCAAAAGUUUAUUUUGUUCAUGAGGGCUACCAGGGCAUGGUGGAUGGAGGUGACAACAUCAAAGAGGCGACAUGGGAAAGCGUGUCCAGCAUGUUACAAGUGGGUGGCACUGUGAUUGGCAGCGCCCGCUGUAAGGAUUUUCGUACCCACGAGGGCCGUUUGCGUGCCGCUCUGAACCUGGUGCAGCGCGGCAUCACUAACUUAUGUGUGAUCGGCGGAGAUGGCAGUUUGACCGGGGCUAACCUCUUCAGGGAGGAGUGGAGCGGACUCUUGGAUGAGCUUGUCCAAUCAGGUCAGAUCAGUGAAGAGGCUGCCCAAACUCAUUCUGCGUUGCAUAUUGUUGGGAUGGUGGGCUCUAUAGACAAUGAUUUCUGCGGGACAGAUAUGACCAUUGGCACGGACUCAGCACUGCACAGGAUCAUAGAGGUGGUGGACGCCAUAAUGACCACGGCACAAAGCCAUCAGAGGACCUUUGUGCUGGAGGUCAUGGGAAGACACUGCGGGUAUCUAGCAUUAGUCAGUGCUCUUGCGUGUGGAGCUGACUGGGUGCUGAUUCCAGAAAUGCCUCCCAAGGAUGGCUGGGAGGAACAGAUGUGUCAUAAACUAUCAGAGAAUCGCGCUGAUAAGAAACGGCUUAAUAUCAUCAUAGUAGCUGAAGGUGCAAUAGACCAAAACAACAAGCCCAUAACCACAGAACUUAUAAAGGAUCUGGUGGUGCGCUGUUUGGGGUUUGACACGCGGGUCACCAUUUUGGGUCACGUCCAGAGAGGAGGAACGCCCUCCGCCUUUGACCGGAUUUUGGCCAGUCGUAUGGGAGUGGAAGCCGUCCUGGCCCUGUUAGAAGCGUCUCCUGGUACUCCAGCAUGCGUGGUGUCUCUGUGUGGGAACCAGGCUGUCAGGCUUCCUCUGAUGGAGUGUGUUCAGAUGACACAGGAGGUCCAGAAGGCCAUGGAUGAAAAACGAUUUGAAGAAGCCGUAAAGCUGCGUGGCAGAAGUUUCGAAAACAACCUGAACACUUACAAACUCCUGUCCCAUCGCAAAAUUGACGCUGAACUUCCACCUAGCUCAUUUAAUGUGGCUGUGUUGAAUGUUGGCGCUCCUGCAGCUGGGAUGAAUGCGGCCGUGCGUUCGGCCGUCAGGGUCGGGAUCACCGAAGGCCACACUAUGUUUGCUGUAAACGAUGGAUUCGAGGGCUUCUAUAAGGGACAGAUAAAAGAAAUAAAGUGGGGUGAUGUUGGGGGCUGGACAGGCCAGGGCGGGUCCCUGCUAGGAACAAAAAGAACUCUCCCAGCAAAGCAUAUUGAUAAAAUUGCAGAACAGAUGAAGAUUCAUAACAUUAACGCUUUACUCGUUAUUGGAGGUUUCGAGGCCUUUGAGAGUUUGCUGCAGCUGGUCGAUGCCCGCAGCAGUUAUGAGGAGUUCUGCGUGCCCAUGUGCAUGCUGCCCGCCACCAUCAGUAAUAAUGUGUCCGGCACUGACCUCAGCAUUGGCGCAGACACCUCCCUCAAUGCCAUAGUGGAGACGUGUGACCGUAUAAAGCAGUCGGCCAGCGGAACCAAGCGCCGUGUGUUCAUCAUUGAGACGAUGGGCGGUUACUGUGGUUAUCUGGCGACGGUGGGCGGCUUGGCGGCCGGAGCGGAUGCAGCCUACAUCUAUGAAGAACCGUUUGACAUCCGAGACCUGCAGUCUAACGUCGAACAUUUAACUGAGAAGAUGAAGACCAGCAUCCAGAGAGGUUUAGUGCUCAGGAAUGAGAACAGCAGUGAGAACUACACCACUGACUUCAUCUACCAGCUAUACAGUGAAGAGGGCAAAGGAGUGUUUGACUGCAGGAAGAACGUCCUGGGACACAUGCAGCAGGGUGGUGCUCCUUCCCCGUUUGACAGGAACUUUGGCACCAAGAUCGCAGCUAAAGCCAUGCAGUGGAUCUCCAAGAAGCUCAAGGAGUUUUACAGAGAAGGUGAAGGUCGCGUGUUUGCAAACUCAGAGGAUUCUGCGUGUUUGUUGGGGAUGCGUCGGAGGGCCCUGGUCUUUCAGCCCGUCGUACAGCUGAAGGAUGAGACAGAUUUUGUUCACAGAAUCCCGAAGGAACAGUGGUGGCUCCGACUGCGUCCGCUCAUGAAGAUCCUAGCCAAAUACAAAACCAGCUACGACGUGUCCGAUUCCGGCCAGCUCGAACACAUCGUCCGUCUGAGAGCUAAAGACAUCUCAUCCAUUUAACCAGCAGCCACGUGUCCACCCAAGACGUCUUGCAAGUGAAAAUGUAUUUAUUGAAGGUGAAGACCUGCGUUUCCGGUCUUGACCCGAACACAUAAUCAUACACAGUAUACGUGAAGCAGCUGACAUUAAACUCUAAUCAUAGACGUACAGCUGCGAGGUCCUUCAGUGUAGUAGCUCAGUGUGUUGUGAUUGACAAUCCAUACGCUCAAGCCAUUAGCUGAUCAUCCCUUUUAAAUGGGGCCAAGUGGUACAUUUUGUGAAUAUGCAAGAUUUCCAUAUAUUUUAUCUAAUAGAGCUUAUUUUCGUUGAAUACGGAGCUAUCUGUGUGUAUGCUUCACUGGCUUAUAGUGAUGUAAAUUUAAACAACUGCACCUUGUUUUAGUUGAGUUGAAGUCCGAAGGAGUCUUCCGAGCUGCUACCGUGUUGUUUGUUAGUGCUGGCACUUUGUACCACAGCAGACGUUGUGUUAGUGUGUGUUUGUCAUGAUGUACGUGUGUGUAUAUAUGCUAACGAUGCUGCAUAAACUCCCUUUAGAAUGUAA